GCCGUUCGUGGGUUCCCUCAGCCAUGUUCGUGCCAUCGCAUUCCAAUCGUGCCAUGCAUCACACCUUAUGCAUUGCUCCUCAAAGGAUCGCAAGCUUCAUGCUCGGACAGAGUUCAUUCAUACCGGAAAUAUACACAAAGUGCGUGCUCACUCAAGACUUGUUGCGCUUAUCAUGCAAGUGGGACGUUCACUGCACGACUAGGAAGCACAUCAUUCGCAGACACCAAGACUACUGAAGGUGAAUAG